AUGACUGACAUUGUCGAACCCAAGUUCCUGGUACAUCAAGCAACCCAUUUAUUCCUCACCGACCCCAUCUUUUUCCAGGUGACCCAAAUGAACAAUUCCAUAUUUGUUUGGAUCGGCAAACCCGAUGGGAAAAUGGGUGACAUGUCAGUAGCCGUGCCUGCAUUUGCAUCACAAACUACAGCCUCUGCUACUACAAUUAUGGGCACCAACGUAUCCGAGAAAAGUAAAAAUUUAGCACCUUCAAAAUACAAGCUUCAAUUUUAUGUCAGUAUGGACCUCAGUAGUCCCGAUGAUUUACUCUUUGUUUUUGUGGAAAAGAAAUUGACAGAACUAUUAAAGAACGUAUUAGCAUAA